GACAGCGCGUCAGUCAGCCCUCAACACAGCAAACACAAGGCAAUCAAACUGUCGCGACUUUGAUUUAUUUAUAGGGAUUUUACAUCUUUAAAUGCACAAGCGGUCUUCGCUGACCAGGAAAAGGACACAAAAAGUUAUUCAAUUGAAAGAGCAGGACGAUUUCUUGGAUCCGGAAGCGAUGCCACAAUACUUUCAGAUAUUGGUGAAGAUUUUGGAGGGUCACAAGCUGGCCUGGACUAACCCUCAAAAUGCCAACUCUUACGUGCUGGUGGUGCUUGGCAAAAAACAAUACAGGACUGCUCUGAAGAAGAAGACCGAGGAACCAGCCUACAAGGAGAUGUUUACUUUCGAAAUGUUUGUGAACAUGCGUGAGUUGGUGCGUUCGUCCGUGUGGCUCGCCGUGAUGGAGCUCAGCAGCCUGUACGUGCCUCCGAGGAUGGUUGGAGAAGCCACCAUAGACCUCGGCACUAUCUGGGCACAGACAGAUCACCAAGUGCUGGAGAAAUGGGUGCAACUCAACGCAACAAAAGACACGACAACGGGACCGGUGGGGUUUCUCAAGCUAGACGUCUCCAUCAUUCCGAGGGACGAUUCUAUUCCACCUUCGACGUUAGUUGAUGAACGAAAAUCGACACUAGACCUAUUACCUUCGGGAUCAGAACAACAGAGGGCUAACUAUGUGAUUGGAAUUUAUGGAGCUUAUGGCCUUCCCAAUGAAGUUAACCAAGCUGAUAAGCGUUCUGCCAAGCCCCCUAACACAUUUGUUCGGAUAACUUUCUGCGGACUGGUUGUUAAAACCAGCACCCAGUCAAGGACGAACAAUCCAGUGUUCAAUGAGCAAAUAUCUAUUGUGGAAAUGUUUCCUAACCUGAGCCAGACGAUUCUUCUGGAAGUCUGUGUACCAGGUGGACUGAACAAUCGUGUCAUUGCCAGCAAAGAGUUGAAGCUCUCCCAAAUAUGUCAUGAUGGGGAAAAUGGGUUUGUGCCGACGUUUGGACCAUGUCUUCUUCAUCUCAAUGCGACAUCAUGUUCGGGACAAACUUACAACAGUGGAGUGGACACCCCAUUCUAUGGGGGAGCUGUCCUAAUGUCAUUGAAGACGGUAGUACCGUAUUACCAACAGAGCGUAAGGACUACUUCAGUGGAAGCGGUUGAAGCUGUAGAUGUUAAAACAUUAUGGAUGUUAGAAGAUUUCAGUUUUUACUGCCCUAUAUUAGAAGUAUCUAUGUUGGACAAGAAACUGAUUGGAAAACAAUGUGGCGUCGCCAUUACUGUGGGUGAAAUAAACAGUGAGGAAGUACCUAAAGACCCCGAUUUCCUUAAGGCUAUCAACGAUGUCCGUGCCCAAAAACUGCACUAUACUAAAUCCAUGGACAUAACCAACAGUGCCUCUGAAUGUCCUUACAUGGACUUCUCCAACGGGUUUCCGGUUCUUCAGUUGGCAUCACGGCUACCAGACUUCCGGUUCCGGAUGUACCGAAACAAUAUGAUACAACGCAUGAUUUAUGAUUUGGAAAACGCUAUCAAAGAAGUAGAGGGCCGCCUGGAAGGGUUUGACUACGGGUCUGCCAAGGAACUGAUUGACAUAAUGAAGAGGACCCGUGACGAGAUCAUCAGUCAAAUAAUGAAGUUCUUAGACGUUGUUCAGUUCACUACCACCGACGAAAGUGCUACUGUACUAAAGAAGUAUAGCACGGAACUAGAUGAGAAACAGUUUGCUAUACAGGCAGAGGAAAUGGACAAAAUAUACCAGAACCUAACGGAACAAGCCAAGCUUGGACAUGAUAGCUCUCUGAUGGACACGAGGCGAGGCGCUAAAGAUAUGCUGUUCAGUAGCAAGGCUUUGGUGGCGGACAUGAAAAAGCUUAUUUAUAUGAUGCCUCAGGCGUGGUCCGACGUCGUGGUUUGGCUUCUAAGCGGAGGCUCGCGCGUUGCCUACUAUAAGUUAUCUCCUGCAGACAUUGUAUACUCUGUGAUACCCGACCAGUGUGGGUUGAACUGCGGUCGAAUUAGGACGGUACUCAUGAAGCCAAUAAAAUGCCCUGCACACCCGAAUUCUAGCACCAGCUGUUCUUGCGUGGCCGCAAAGAUCGAGCUUUGCAUGUGGAUGGGGCUGUUCAAACAGCGCAGUCUAUUCAACACCAACAUCCCGAGUGGAAUGAAAUUAACACGCCUCGAGGACGGCCACAAAUUAGUGCUUAAAUCUGCGGGAACGAUGAUCGAAUGUAGAGCAUUUAUUUACAAAGCAAAAUUAAAGUUUGAUAAAAGCAUUUCAAAUUUCCAUGCAUUUGUACGAAUUUACGCGGCAAAUCAUUAUGCUGAAACAAAGGCUCGUAAGGGUGUUGCCCCUAUAUGGGACGAAGUCAUUAAGAUUGUUCGAAUGGUAUUCACUUCUUCAGAGAGAUUAUUAAAUAGCCCGCCCGACGUAAUAGUCGAAAUAUACGCAUCUACAACUGAAACUAAGAGUAAAAUUGAAUUAGUUGGUCGUUUCCAUGCUACACCAGUUAUAAACGACAAUAUUGGGUAUGAGGACGCACCCCGCUUACGAUGGUAUGAUAUAAAGCAUGAUCACCAAUUGAAGGGACAAAUCCAAAUGUCCUUGCAGAUGGUACAGGUGCCGGAAACUGUUAUUGGCUCAACUGUAUUUUGCAGUAAUAGUUCAGCCGUCGAUGACACCAAUACCGACCAAAUAGGAAAUAUAGAAAGCAUACCACACUAUUUGAAGCCAGUAUGCACUACUUACAAAGUUGAUGUAUAUUGGUGGGGUUUGCGCGAUGUAAAAGCAACUCGGAAGCCAUGUGUCGUCUUAGAAAUGGAUGAGGUUAAGAUUAAAUCUGACGCUAUACCGAUGGAAAAAUGCAACUGUAAUUUCUUAAACUGCCGUAUGUCGAACAUAGUUGAAGCUUCUCUUGACGAUGUUUUGAGGUCGACUCUUCGAGUGAAACUCUACGACAAAAGUACAUUUGGGAGAAGUGUAUUUCUUGGCUAUAAUAGAAAGAACCCUACAAAGUUCAUUGUGAAUUGGCUACCAAAAACGAAAAGGGACUCUAUGUUAGGACCUAUUGUUCCUCAAAACUUUAUUCAAGUUAAUCAGCUUCUGUGUGUUAGAAAACGAAAUCAAGACAAAAACAACUCACACGGCCAAAUUUCUUACGGAAGUAGGAAGUCCAGUACAGAAGGAUUAAAUAAAUCUAAAAUAAGUACAUCUAGUUGGUGGAGAAUGCGAAAUAGACAUCGAACACUAGACGAAGAGUGCGCUCUGCUGCCUAUUGUUAAAGCUGAAGAAAAAGUUAUCAUUAACCAAAUACCUACAUUUCACAAUGACUGGUGGAUAAGAUUUCACAGCUCUAAGAUAUCGAGUGAUGACGAACCAUACAGAAUUACUAUCUACAAAUCGGAAUUAGAAGCACAGCCAGAAUUUUCAAAAUUUAAGGAUUGGUGUUCAUCCUUAAAACUAUAUUGUGGAAAAAAAGUCGGUAGACCUGAUAAAGAUAAUCAGCUUUAUUGCGGUUCUGUUAAGGUCGGAAUUGCAAUAUAUUCGUGGCCGCCUCCACACAACACUUUAGCUGUCACACCUUCAGGAGUCGAGCUUAGUAACAGUUUUUUCGAAGAUUACCCUAGAAAUGAUCCAACUCGAUUCCUAGUGAGAUGUUACGUAGUUAGAGGUUUAAAACUUGAACCAAAAGACAACUCGAUUAAUCCCUAUAUAGUUAUAAGUUGUGGUAAAAAGAAAAUUGAAGAUAGAAAAAAAUAUGUAACGCAAUCAUCAAAUCCCAUUUUUGGAAGGUCAUAUGAAUUCCGUUGUAUGAUUCCCGAUGACUAUCGUCUUAAAGUAUCUGUUUACGACUUUGAUGGGGCGUCGAAUGACGAACUUAUCGGUAGUACUGUCAUAGACCUGGAAGACCGGGUCUACACUAAACACAAAGCGCGUGUAGGAUUGCCGAUGGAAUAUAGAAAUAAUGGACCAGUGCCUUGGAGAGAUAGCAAAAAGCCAUCAGCUAUUUUGGAUGAGCUGUGCCGCAAAAAUCAUUUAAAGCCACCUGAGUUUCCGGAUAGUAGCAGUGUUAUCGUUAACGGGGUCGUUUACAGAGACGAAAUAGAGUAUGAAACACAGGGGUCUGUAUCGGAGGAGUUAGAAAAAAAGGAAAAUGUAUGUCUUAGCUUACUACAUAACUGGCAUACCUUACCAGUGUGUGGAUACUCUCUGGUUCCUGAACACGUGGAGACAAGAUCUCUUUAUUUAAACCCUGAUCAGCCGGGAUUGGAAACGGGUAAACUCCAAAUGUGGGUAGACAUUUACGACUUGCAAAGCACCAAAGCUCCGCCACCCGCCGUCACCUUUGAAGAUACUGUUAGCACUGAGUAUGAGCUAAGAGUACACUUUGACAAAAUAGACGAUGGACCAGACACGGAAGCAAGAACGCCCCUGCCCAUUGCCGUAUAUAUAAAAGCUUGGUUGGGCGGUUACCAAGAAAAUAUGCAAACAACAGAUAAUUUACAUAGAGACCCGACCGGGAUUCUUCUACUUGACUGGAACAUGGUUUUUAAUUUCUACUACGAUCAUAAAAAAAACGAGAUGACCGUUGAAAAUAAAACAUUUGGGCGAUUAGAUGAUUUUAAAAUGGUUCCAGUACUAUACAUUCAAGUGUUCAACACAUACAAUGACUUUUGUCCAUUAGGUGAACUUACCCUUGACAUUUCUAGAAUGCCUUAUCCUGUAUCUGACGCGAAACAAUGUGAAUUAGAACAAGUUGAUGGAAGAAAGUUGUUUUUGUUUUCUAAAUCGAGGCCAGUUUGCGGUUGGUGGCCGUUACAAGGAACAGACGUGGAAAAGAAGCUGUAUUUCCUGGCAGGUCGGUUACAGAUGUCUGUCUGUGUCGUUGCGUUGGAAACCCACGAACCAGGGUUUUUAGGAUCAUUAUCGGGUACAAUAUGUAAAGAAGUGCAAAUUUACAAAAGAUUACCUACCAAAUGGUAUAUCAUACCUUUACUGCUUCUUAUUGCCGUAUAUAUAUUUUGCAACGUUUACCCGCAUUAUGCUAAAUGUUUAAUAAACAAGUGGGUAAAGUAAAACAAGUGUUUUCAGACAUAGCAAUAGAAUCAGAAGAAAAAUAUACUAUUAUCAAACAAUGGUGCUAUUUUAAAUAUUUUUUGUAAGUUUUAAUUUAGAUUGUUAAUUUAUUAGGAUGCUGAAUAAAGUAAUUCAUGGGAAAUCAA